AUGUCUGAAUUUCUUGGCUCUCGCAUUUCGCUCAUAUCCAAGAGUGAUAUUCGCUAUGUGGGGACUCUGCAUGAAAUAAAUUCGGACGACUCAACGGUAUCCCUCGAGAAUGUCCGUUCUUACGGCACAGAAGGUCGGAGAGGAAGACCUCAAGAGGAGAUCUCACCGUCAGACCAGGUCUAUGAAUACAUCGUCUUCCGUGGCAGCGACGUGAAGGAUCUGCGAAUCGAAGAGCACCCUGGCAUCAAGGAGACCAAACCCCCUGUCAUGCCCAAUGACCCUGCCAUUGUCGGAGUUCGAGCCAGAGAUUCUACUCAGUCACAAAACCGACCUGGUCCACAAGGCCGUGGCGGGUUUCACCACCCUUACCCGCCACAGAAUAACUUUUACGGCGGCUCAGCACCACCGCCGCCUGGCUCGUGGGGACGUGGCGGCCCGCCCGGUCAAAUGCCCGGACCUGGAUUUGCGGGAGUUCCGUAUCCGCCUCCUCCUGGAUGGUUCCCCACUGGUCAAAGCUAUCCGCCUGGAGCCCCUACAGUCCCUGCAGCCACCGGAGCCCCCGGAGCUUGGAGUAGCCCUCAGUUUCCUCCAGGACCUGGCGGUAAUCCGGCAGCUGAUGGGCCACAACGAGCACCCUCUUCAGGCCCUACUCAGGAUUCCAAACCAGCUGCUGCUGUAGAGCAAGCCAAAGCCCCUGCCCCGGUUCCUACCGAGCCCAAUUCUCUGGCUCAGGCUGCACGCCAAGUUGUCAAUGCGCCGAAGCCGCCAGUGGAAUCCAAGCCCUCUGCUGAGGACGUGAAGGCUGUUGCUACGAGUUUGAAAAAUGGGUCAGUACCUGCGCCGGCAGCCACUAGCCGCAACACUCGCCCUACACCGGCACUACCUCUGACUGGAUCGACGGCGAAACCGUUCCAACUCCCGAACACGGGGAGGCCAGCCAAUGCCAACGCCAAAGGUCCAUCCAACACGGCGCCAAGUAGCGUUGAGGAUGCCACCAACGCUGCUAGAGCUGCUGUCGCCUUAGCGAUGGCGCAACUGGAAGGCAGCGGGAGCACUGCCAUGGACAACUUGACGAAAAAAGUCAAUGAGAUGCGAGUGAACGCCAACAAGAGUGCUCCAAGCGGACGCGGCCGUGGCCGUGGCGUACGACAAGGAGGGGCCGCAAAGGUGGAGGUUCCGGAUUCGGACUUUGAUUUCGCCCAAUCCAAUGCCAAGUUCAACAAGGAACAAAUUGCCAAAGAGGCCGGUGCUGGCGGCGGCGGCAGCGGCGGCGCAGUUGUGUCUCCUGCCAAGAGCGUCCGAACAGAGGACAAGUCUGGACUCGGUACGAGCAACGCGGCUGGACCUUACAAUAAAUCAAGAUCGUUCUUCGACAACAUAUCCAGCGAGGCCAAGGAGCGAGCCGAAAACGGCGGCCAGAAACCUGGCGGCGCGGAGUGGAGAGGCGAAGAACAGCGCAGGAACAUGGAGACGUUUGGGCAAGGCAGCGUUGACGGUGGAUACCGGAACCACCGCGGACGCAAUCGAGUUCGAGGAGGCCGCGGCCGAGGAGCCUUUAGCCGCAACGGCCGAAGCGGUAACGGCGGCAAUGGCGGCAAUGGCGGUAGUCGCCCCCAGCAUCAGGCUACUGCUGUGAACCAAUGA